AUGCCAAUGGCAAACGAGCAAUGGACCAUUUCGUCUCGAAUUGGACUUGUGAAACUGGAGUUUUUGUUUGAAAUGGCCAUGCUGCGACAAUGCGACGCUGGGCGAUUGGAACGCCGACUCAGCUUGUUCCAUGAAGCAUGCUCUUCGUUCGAACGGUGUGAAUUGAAUGAGACUUUGGCAGUGAUGGAGCUGGCCUUGUGGAAACAGCAAAUUCAGGAAACGGCGGGACACCACGACAGUGGUGGUGGUAGGGAAGAUUGCCGAUAUCUGUGCCAAGCCGAUAUUAUCCUGGCCAAUGUGGGUGCAUACUUUGGAGUCGUCGAGUCUUCUUAA